AUGAAGGACCUGUAUGCGGACUUGAAGCAAAUGUUGCAGCAGCAAAUAAAACUGAUGGAAAGACUUUCAGUCAAAAUAGCCAACUCAUUCACGGGCCAGUUGUGUUCUGCUGGUGGUUCACAAUCCGUCGAUCACAUCGCCAGCAGCAUCACUAAAUCCUUUUGCAACCCGCAGACCCAUGUUUCUUUCUAUUCCUGGUACAAACGAUACGACGACUACUACUCUGUCGAUCUGGCGGCCCAGGAGGACACAUGGAAGAUACGACUCCUCUCUCGCAAACUGUUUCCUGCUGAGCACGAACGCUAUGCCAAUUUUAUCCUGCCCAAUAAUCCACGAGAUAUUUCCAUCGCGGACACGUUGAAGACCUUGUCGCAGACUUUUUGGGGAGCGAUCAGCACUGUUCAAUAG